AGCCAUGACUUCUUAAGGGACUGUGAGAGAUUGGAGUGAAACCCAAAUACACCAACACCUUAAACCUUAUUGCAAUGGAAUCAAACAUCAGCUUCACCGCAAAGACCCCUGUUUUUGCUGGCCAAAACUACACAGUUUGGGCAGUGAAGAUGAAAGCAUAUCUAAGGGCUUUCGAACUUUGGGAAGUGGUUGAGAUAGAUCGGCAACCAGCUCCUCUUCCUCCAAAUGCUACUCUUGCUCAAAUUAAGAGGCACUCAGAGGAGGUGGCAAAGAGAUACAAAGCCUUGACCUGCCUUCACUCAGCAGUGACCGAUGAAAUUUUCAACAGAAUCAUGACUUGUGAAACAGCCAAAGAGGCCUGGGACAAGCUGAGAGUGGAGUUCCAAGGUGAUAACAAGGCAAGACAAAUGGAGGUUCUCAAUUUGAAAAGAGAGUUCGCGCUCAUUAGAAUGAAGGAUGCAGAGACGGUGAAGGAGUUCUCCGACCGACUGACGAAGGUGGUGAACAAGAUAAGAUUGCAAGGGGAAGAACUGUCUGAUAAGGCAGUAGUUGAGAAGGUUUUGGUGAGUCUACCGGAGAAAUUUGAGCACAAGAUCUCAUCCUUAGGGGAUUCCAAAGAUCUGUCUCAAUUCUCCUUGAAUGAAUUAGUCAAUGCUUUGCAAGCCGUGGAGCAAAGAAAGGCUUUGAGGCUUGAAAACAAUGUUGAAGGAGCAUAUUUGGCAACUGACAGAGGAAAAGCAGCAGCCAAAGAUGAUGAAAACAAGCAGGUCGGUGAUCAAAGAAACCGAGAAAAGGAAGGGUAUCAAAACAACAAAAAGGAGAGCUAUGCAUCUUGCUCUCAUUGUAAAAAGAAAGGCCAUUCCGAGAAAUAUUGUUGGUUUAGGCCUGGAGUUCAAUGCAGAAAGUGCAAGCAGUUUGGACAUGUUGAAAGGGUCUGCAAAGAAGG